CUGGUGUUUAUAGGUGUUUAUAGGAAUUCUGCUAACUGCAUGUCUUUCACCAUUUCUUCUCCCUCAUUAGGGAGCAUAAUCAUUAUCACAGUUGCAAAGAGUAAUAUCUGCAACAAGGGUUUAGUUUAUAAAACUGCACCCUACAUGUGUGCAAAAACUUCAGCAUGACAUCAGCAGUCUGCACCUUAGGUUCUGACCCUUUCCAGUAAACCUCAAAAAAAACACAAGGACAACUUGUGUUACACCAAAAUACAAUUGUAAAAGGCUCAUUUUUACGAGGGCUGACUCAAUCAAUGCCUGCUUACCUUGUCAAAGGUACAAACCGGAAAGUCAGAAAUAUAAAACCAUGGCACUCAAGCAAAGGAAUUCAUUUCCAGCAGGGUUAUAAUUUAUGAGGCAGUAAGGAGGGAGCGAUCAAUGACAAACUAUCCCUGUGCUUUAAAAUGCCUUCAAGUAGAGUGAGCAAGCAUUUCUGGGUUUGCAAGGUCAGGCUCUCACACCAGGGAGGUCAUGACAAGCAGUGGCUCUGACUGGAUGCUGAUCAAGGAGGAUGCAACUCCAAUUGAGACACUGGCUGAAUGCCUGUUGGUAUCUAUUUCUGAAAUCAUAGAAUUUGUUGCCUGCAUGGAUAUAGAACAGGAAAUUUUUAUGGACAUUGGAUGCUACUUUUACCGGGCCUGUCCGGCAAUUAAGGAAUUGCAGGCAACUGAGAAUACCACAGCUGAUACAAUGGAGAUUCUACAGUCUUUAUCUGAAAGCAUUGACUUGGCCAAGGAUCUUGUGGAGAAAUGCCAAAAAGGAAUUUGUAUCAUUCCAGGUCCUAAAUUACGAAACAUUAUUGAACAGCUUGAGGGGGUGAUAAGAUGCAUGGGGGAGAGGUUGGCAUUGGUGCCAUCAGCAGCAUCUAGGGACCAAGAAUAUGCAGAAGUUGCAAUCCGUUCUAUCUCAAAAGAGAUGCAAAAUGCUCAUUUUUCAGUCAGCCAAACUCAAGUAACUGAGCUGGAACCACAGACAUUGUCUUGGGAAGAGCAAUCACGCCAAGAACCAGAAGCAAUAGAAACAGAUCUAUAUUCCAUCAAUUUUGAAGUUUCCACAGAGAAUCCACAGUUGGAUAUGUCAAAUUUGCAAGUGAUUGAAUUCCCUAAAACCAUGAGUUAUGGUUGCCCGCAAAGGAACCAUGGAAGCACGAACAAUGGCCCCCUAGUAACUUUGCCUCAGCUGGCUCAGUGCACGGAGCCUCUUUAUAAAUCAUUCUUCUGUCCACUGACAAAGAGGAUAAUGGAAGAUCCAGUUACCAUAGAAAGUGGAAUGACCUAUGAAAGGAAGGCUAUUAUUGAGUGGUUUGAAAAGUUCAAGAACUCAAAGGAAAUUUUUUGCCCAACCACAGGGCAGAAGCUGAUGAGUAGAAUUAUGAGGACCAAUAUAGCUCUGAAGACCACAAUAGAGGAAUGGGAGGAAAGAAAUGAAACAACAAGGAUAAAGGCUGCACGGGCAGCUUUGUCGUUAGGCAGUUCAGAAAGUAUGGUACUUGAAGCACUAAAAGAUCUGCAAAAUAUAUGCCAAAGGACAUCAUACAAUAAGGUACAGAUUCGCAAUGUUGGAAUAAUACCUUUGCUUGUUACCUUACUGGAGUACAAGGACAGCAAAGUUAGAUGUGCGACACUCGAAUUGUUACAACUCUUGGCAGAGGAUGAUGAUGAUGGCAAGGAAAUGAUUGGCAUGGUAAUGGACAUUUCGACUAUAAUCAAGAUGCUCUCGAGUAAUCAACAACCUAUAAAGCAUGCAUCUUUGCUACUUUUGCUUGAGCUUUCAAGAUCCAAAUCUCUCUGUGAGAAAAUUGGAUCUGCUUCUGGAGGGAUUCUGAUGCUGAUCAUAACUAAAUACAACCAAUCUGUCGAUACCUUUGCUUCAGAAAAAGCUGGUGAGACCUUAAGGAACUUGGAAAGAUCUCCUAACAACAUCAAAUGCAUGGCAGAAAAUGGGUUUUUGGAACCCCUGUUAAAUCAUCUAAUUGAAGGUUGUGAGGAGACAAAAAUGGAGAUGGGAAGCUACCUCGGGGAAAUUGUUCUAGGACGUGACAGCAAAAUCUAUGUGGCUGAAAAGGCUUCUCCUGCUCUGAUAAAAAUGGUGCAAAGUGGAAACACUCUGACAAGGAGGGCAGCAUUUAAAGCUCUAAUCCAAAUUUCGUCUUACCACACAAGUGCCAAAACACUGGUAGAAGCCGGAAUUGUACAAGUUAUGAUUGAUGAGAUGUUCACACGGAUAAUUUACAAUGAACCAAUGAACUCAAAGAAAGAAGCUGCUAUCAUUCUUGCAAAUAUAGUCGAGUCUGGGCUUAAUCUUGAGACCCUCAAAAUCAACACUCAUGGCCACACAUUGUCCUCAGAUUACUUUUUAUACAACAUCAUCCACAUGAUCAAGAGUUCUACCCCAGAUGAGCUCAACAUCAGCCUCAUCAGAAUUCUUCUAAGCCAGACGAAGUUCCAGAAAUCAACAGCCGCCAUAGUCUCACUAAUCAAAGAAACUGAAGCAAGCUACAGCAUAAUUGAGCUCAUCAAUAACCCAUAUGAAGAACUUGGAGUUGCCGCUAUCAAACUAUUAAUCACGCUUUCGCCUUACAUGGGCCACACACUGGCAGACAAACUUUGCAAAACCAGAGGCCAACCUGAGAGCCUGAUCCAGAGCCCGAUAGAGACAACGCAAAUCACAGAGAAACAGGCACUUUCAGCAACUCUUCUGGCAAAACUUCCCCAUCAAAAUCUAACACUCAAUCUAGCUCUUCUCAGCAAGAAUACAGUCCCAAUAAUCCUACAAUCAAUCAACCAAAUGCAAAGAAGUGGCAGCAGGCAUGCUAGUGCUUGCUUAGAGGGCUUAGUGGGUGUUCUAGUUAGGUUCACAACUACCCUAUAUGAACCCCAAAUGUUAUUUCUAGCUAGCAACUACAAUUUCACAUCAAUAUUCACAGAAUUGCUGAUGAAAACAUCGAGCGAUGAGGUCCAGAGGUUAUCAGCAAUUGGGUUGGAGAACCUCUCAUCAGAAUCAACGAACCUAUCAAAACAACCUCAGAUCAGAAGAUCCAAGUUCAUGAAAUUGUUCUACUUACCCAAAUGUUUAACUACUGGUUCAUCAAAAGACAGGAAAAUACAAGUUUGCCCAGUUCAUCGAGGUGUUUGUUCUGCCCAAAUCACCUUCUGUUUGUUUGAAGCAAAGGCAGUUGAGAGGCUCUUGACUUGUUUGAGUCAUGAGAAUGUUGAGGUGGUUGAAGCUGCAUUGUCUGCAAUAUGUACUCUGCUCGAUGACAAAGUUGAUGUGGACAUAAGUGUGAACAUGUUGAGCAGUGUGAAUGCCAUACAGCAUGUUCUUCAUGUAUUGAGGGAGCACAGGCAAGAAAAUUUGCAGGCAAAAUCGUUCUGGGUGAUUGAAAGAUUCUUAAUGAAAGGUGGGGAAAAGUCAGCUUCGGAUAUAUCCCAGGACAAGUUGUUGCCUGCUACGUUGGUGAGUGCCUUCCACCAUGGUCAUGGUAACAUGAAACAGAUGGCUGAGAAGAUUUUGAAGCAUUUAAACAAUAUUCCCAACUUCACUUCCACCUAUACAUAUACCUCUUAACAUCUCUCUCUUAAAUUUCCAAAAUUAUACAGAUCCUAACUUUCUCUCUCUCUCUCUAUCUCAAGUUUGAUGCUGCUUGACCAAAUAUUAUAUAUUACAGUGACCCUGGUGCACUGUUUUUUGUUUUAUUCACAAGAGUGGAAAAUGAAGAUUAUUUCGAAA